AUGCAACAGUCUCCAACACUUAAAGGAAAUUGGUACGAAGAACGCUAUUACGAUGCUGAUACAAGAAAGAACAUCCUUGAGCCACGUGUACGUCCGAAGAAUGAUGAAGUUGAAAACAUUCCAAGAAUCACUCGCCAAAAUAAACCUGAUGCUGAUGUAUAUUCUUACGAUGCUGAUACAUCAGAUCGUUGGGUAACAGAUAAGAUGGCCUCAUAUGUAGUCCAUCGCGAACAUGAAAUGACACUUACAGAGCGCCGCAUGAAUGCAAGCCCAGAGUAUAUGGCUAAAAUUCUCAGCUGCGAAUCACCGAAAUAUUUACCAAAUUAUAGUCUUAAGCCAAUCACUCCAGAAGAACAAUUCACAACAACAAACAUGGAAGCUUUCAAGCGCUUUAAUUAA